AUGCUUCGAUUGCAGUUUAUGAUUUCUUUAAAUAUGGUGAAUCGGGGCACGAAAUUUACUGGCGUUUGCAUUGCCAUUUAUUUGAUAUAUGCACUAUUUGUAUUCGUUAUAUUACCAAUGCUAAUGCCCAAUCCAGUUGCUAUGUCCCGAUCGAUGCUCGCUCAGCAGACACGACACUUGGGCGACUUGAGCAAAUAUAGUUUGGAGACAGGUGGUAAACCGGUACGAUCUAUGCUGGUUUCAUUUAGAGGAUCUGGAGCACUCAAAUUACUGGACUACCUUACUCGUCAGCCGGGCAAUUAUCACCACUUUUCGCCGCUUAUUGCAUAUAGAAAUCGGAUUACACAAAAGAGUAGAAUCGAACGGGCUCUCAAUGAAUUGGUAUCCCUUUACAAUUGCGACUAUAAUAACUCAUUACCUAUGUUGCGCUGGAUGAAAACACCUUCGUUUAAGAAUUUUUACGGAAUGCAGUGGAAAACAUGUGUGGCUUAUACUUCGGAAGUGUGUUGGAAUCCCGAAAUUAUGGCAAACAUUUGUAGGAUUUUCCCAUUUAUCAAUAUGUCGGUGUAUAACUUGGGACUAAAGUACUUGUCGGUUUUGCUGCGGAGAAAAGAUCUCAACCUUCGCAUUCUACUCCUGAUACGUGAUCCACGUGGAACAAUGGCUUCGCGUAGUAAUCGAGCUUGGUGCUCUGGUAAGCCUGAGUGUUCUCAGCCAAAUGAUCUGUGUGCAAGUAUGGUUGAUGAUUAUUCGAUCGCUGAGCAGUUACUUCACGAUUAUCCAGAUCGAUUUAGUAUCAUCCGCUAUGAAGAAUUGGCGAUGGACCCUUCAAGCGGCUUAAAAAAGAUCUUCGAUUUCUAUGGAUUACCCAUGAAGACUACUGAAGACAAGUUUAAGUUAAAGUUAAGUAGUGUUGGAUUGGAGAAAACAAAUUCGUUACUUUUCGAACGACCCAUGGAAUGGAUGGAUACACUUUUGCCGCAGGAUGUGGAAAAAAUAGAAAAUGUCUGCGAAGAGGCUAUGAAUCUAUGGGGAUAUAAUCCAAUAGCUCAAAUUGCGAAUAGUAGUAGCGGCACAUUUGUAGCCUUAAAAACGAUGCCUAUAUUUCUGAAGCCAAAUCUAAAAUAAAAUACAUAUACCACUA